AUGGAAGUAAGUGAAUUGACCAGUGGCUUGAUACUACCGCCAGUUCUUCAAAGCAAUAGAAUGAAUCAACCGCUAUCGUCUCCUAGAAAUAGUCAACCACCAUCGUCUCCUGUUCAUAGUGCUAAGAAACAUUCUGAUGCCAAUGAGAAAAGAUCGCAUAAGAAAUUGGUAGAACGUAUUAAAGUGCCGGAACAAUUUCAACACGAAGUAGUUAUUGAUGAUCACGGUAAUCGAUGGAUCCCUGUGCAACUGAUCGAUAAGACCAAAAAUAGGUUUUGGUCUCAUUAUUUGGCAUAUAGAAAUACGGUUCAUGAUGUUAAAUGUAAACAUUGCAGAAUUGUGAUUCAUAGGUUGAACCCAAUUACUAGAAGACCAUUGAACCUUGAAAUGAUUAAUCAUUUGAUGGAAAUUCAUGGAAUAAACAAGAAUGACGAUUUUUACCAGUUUGGAAAUAAUGAAACUGGUAUGCCGCAGAUCGAACAGUUACAGAACUUUAAUAAGGAAACAACUACAUCACCUUCUCGUGUUGAUGUCACUGAUGCUGCUGCUGACAAAAAUACCCAAAAGUGUAAAACUUCCGAUAUAGUUACCGAAGAUGGUAUUGAAAAUGCCGUGAAUGGUGUUAAGGUUGUUGCUGAUUCACGUAUGAAUAAAAAAGUGUCAAAACGUAAAAGGGAUAAACAUUUUCAAAUGACUCAAAUUCUGGCAGUAAUAAUUGCCGCUGAAAAUUUGCCUCUACAAUUUUUAGAAGACAAUGCAGUUAAAUUGUUAUUAGGUAAGAGCUCAAAUGAAAAUAUUCCAUCAAUGUUUGAUAUUAUGGAUAGCGUAAGAUCGAUCUCAGAACAGAUAGAUUCGCUCGUUCAAAGAACUGCUACUCGGAACACUUUAGAUACUCAACUGAUUGUGGAUAAAUUCCAAUUAUCAAAAUCAAAAGAACCUAUCGACGACCAAUUGCUGGUGAUGAUUAAAAGACAACUCAAUGAAGUGACGAAGAUGAAUUUUUUUUCUUUAACUUUUAACGUUUGGGCUAAUUCAACAUCCAUCUUGACUUUACAAUUUUAUGAUUCAUUAUCUCAUACUAUUAAAUCGUUACCUUUGGCAAUAGACCGUGGAGAUCCACUGAGUAAAGAAAUGGGUAUAGUCACUUGUAGGUCUCAAUUGUUGAAAACUAUACAAAGAAUCCCAUCCUUAUCAAAAUCAAUUGUUUCUAUUACGUUGCCACAUGAACGUUUAUUGGCGUUGUCGAAUUCUGAUAAUUAUGAUUUUUUACAAAAUGCGAAUACUAAUAACAAAGUGAGUCCAUUUCAUGAUUGCUUUGUGACGUUUCUACAAGAUAUCAUCUUACCUUUGUUUGGUAAUAAACUACCAAUAGAUAAUAAUAAUAAUCAUGAUAAUAAUAAUAAUAAUACCAACAUUACUUCUAACAACAUAUUUAGCGAUAAUGAUAGAGAGAACCAAAUUUUGGAUAAUGUUAUUGAUAUCUCCAGUACUGAUCCUUCUUCCAACACAAUUUUUGAUAAAAUUAACAAAUUUUAUGAUGCUAUUAGGUCUAACUCAUGGGAAUUAAGUAGAUUUAAAGAGAUAGCCUCUGAGAGAUUAGGUAACACAAAUGCUAAUGCAAUGGUCUAUUUUGAUCGUCAAAGAUAUUCUACCGCCUCUCUAGCUCUUGAAACGUUUUUGGAAAUGGAAUCCUACAUUACCAGUGUUCAAGCAAAUUUAACUGGCAUUAAAAAAUUCGAAAAAUCUGACUUCUUAGUCAUGGCUAAAUUAUAUGAAUUUUUAAAUUCAUUCAAUAAAAUAAUUUUAUAUUAUGUCUCAGGCCCACCUACAGGUGGACUAUACACCCUAUUAUCCAUGUUUGCCAUCGAAAGGCAUUUGGUUACUCUAAUUCGUCAAAUUAGAUUAGAUCCAAUCUUGAAUAGUAUAAAAAAGGUGCUGGAACGUGUUAAACGGAAUAAAGGACUAUUGAUUCAAGAUGAUAUGAUCUUAGUGUCAAUGUUUAUGUGUCCCAUAGCAGUAUUUGAAAGAGAAAUUUUAGAGUAUACGUUUGAUUCUACUUCAUUAUCCGAUAUUGUCAAAAUAGUCUCAAAAGCUAUUCUAGCUCGUUUGAGUCCAUUUAUUGAUUUACAAGAGAUUGACUCUUCAACAAUUUUCAAUGAAAUGUCACAAAACGAUGGAGGCGACACGAUUGCAUGUGACGAUGAAAAUGAUGAUACAAUGGACUCGAUGGAUGGUCAAUCCUCGAAUGAACCUCGCAACAAACAAGGUCAAGCCAUACAUUUGGAUUUACCAAAAAUAAUUUCCGAUUUGCUGUUACUAUCGAUACAGGAAGAUUUAUAUAAGUAUUUGACGACAGUAAAUGCAAUUAUACCGAAGUCAUACCUUGCCUUCUGUGAAGGAACUGGUUAUGUUACAAAAAAUGGUCUUGUCUGGAAUCAUCAACAAUCUUCAUCGAUUCCAGAUGAAGAAGAGGGUAUAUCUUUUGGAAAUAAAGAUGAACCUAUAAAUUUGAUGGAACAAUUAAUAGAAAUCAAGAUGCCCGUAUGUGAUGCCUUUUGGCAACAAUAUUUAGAUAGAGAAGAUAAUAUAAUAACAAAAUUAUUGAUGCGUAUUAUUACAACGCAAGCAGCAUCUUCAAUAAGACAAGAUUAUUCCUUUUUGAAGGAUUUCAAAUCACAAUUAGGCGAAGAAUAUUUUGAAGAUGUUAUUAAGAUAAAAUUGUUUAAUGAACAAUUUUAUGUUGGGAAAGUUGAUUUUGAUAUAGAUACGUUACCAUCAGCAUGCGAAUAUAAUUAA